AUGGCGCUGCACAGCUGCCAGAACUCUGACUCGGGCUCAGCAGGAUCUUUGUUCUUCACCUGUGUAAAGGUCAAACUGGAAAACGCAGCGAAUAUCAUCCUGCGCUCCUACGUAAUUGGAUCUGUUCUUACCCAUCAGGAUAGUGACUUUGAUGAGUGCCAAGUUGUGUCCUGCCCUUUAAAUCUUUCUGAGUUGGAAAACUUGCAGCCCGAGAUUAAAAAACUCGCUGAGCAUGUUCGCUAUGAAGUUUCUGUCCGUGGAAAGCAACUGGGUUGGUCUGAAAAGGUUGCCAGGUUCCAUUUUAAGAAAAACCUGCGGAGGAUUAUUACAGAACUGUACAUUCGAGACAACUGCCAUCCCUUCAAAGCCACCUUACUGGUGUGGGUACAGAUUCCGAUGUGGGUUUGCGUGUCCCUCGCUUUGCGCAACUGCAGCGUUGGUGCCAUGGACUCGGAAGUUCAAGAACAGUUCUCAGCAGGUGGAACGUUGUGGUUUCCAGACCUCACUGCACCAGAUUCCACAUGGAUUUUGCCAGUUUCACUUGGGCUCAUAAAUUUGCUGAUACUGGAGAUCUUUGCUUCGCAAAAAACAAAAGUUUCUAGAUUCCAGAAGCUUGCUACGAAUUUCUUUCGAGUGGUGUCAGUGGUAAUGAUCCCUGUUGCUGCAACAGUCCCCUCUUCCAUGGCGCUGUACUGGCUGUCCUCGAGCUUCAUGGGACUCUCGCACAACCUGUUGCUGCGUUCUCCGAUCUUUCGUCGAGUGUGUUGCAUACCAAGGACUAAGUCUGACUCGGACACCCCUUACAGGGAUAUUGUGUCUGCCUUAACUACCAAAUAUGGUUUUAAGAAAUGA